AUGCCGUACAUAUUUGGUCGACGACGUUUUUGUACUCGUUUUGUUACAUUUUUAACAAUCUUGGGUCUUUUUUUAAUAAUAUCAUUUAUAAUUCGUUCUGAUCCAAUAAUAAUAGCCAAUAUAAAUAGAAAAGAUAUUAAUCCACGUCUAUUUUGUGUAUUAAUACAUACACAUUCAAUACAUGAACAAUUUAUUUAUUUAAGUAAUAUAACAUGGGCUAAACAUUGUCAUAAAAUUAGUAUUGUAAGAUAUAAACAAUUACAAACACCGGAUGAAUACUUUAAUCCUACUCAAUCACCAUAUCAUGUAAAUCUAUGGAUACGUAUUCUUGUUGUAAUUCGUCAGUCAAUAAGUUCAUAUGAAUAUAUUUCUAGUAAUGAUUCAUUAAUUAUUGUUCCUGCUCCUACAUUUGUCUUUCGAGAAAAAUUAGUAUCACUUCUUCAUACUUCUACUGAGAGUUCUCAAUCACCAUUAAUUAUUAUUUAUGAACAACAAGAAGUAAAUGCUUAUAUUUUAAAUGGUCAAGCUUUAAAUCUUGUACGCAAUACUAAAUUAAUUGAUUCAUGUUUACAACAAUCUUAUCCAAGUGCACGUGAAACACAUUUAUGGAAAUGUGUAAAAUAUAAAUUACGUAAUGAACAAACAAAUUCAAUAUGUAAAAAUAAUAAUAAUUGUUCUAUUCAAUAUCAUCGUAAUCAAUUAACAAUAGAUAAUAUUAAAAAUGGAUUUUGUUUACAAAAUAAUCUUCAUAUAUGUCAAUCAAUAGUUUUACUUUAUCCAACAACAUUUAAUGAUAUAGUAACAUUAGAAUUUUUUAAAUAUAGAUUAAAAUCAAAAUCUUCACAUUAA